UAAUAAAUUCUAGAAGUCAGUCGGGGUUUGGAAAACGCGACCGUGAGGACUGUUUUCUCCUUUGCUUUGCAUUAAAAGAUGGCUUUAGAAAUGUAUUUAGACCUUUUCUCACAGCCCUGUCGCUCGGUGUAUAUCUUUGCCAAGAAAAACAACAUUCCUUUUGAUUUAAAAACGGUUUUGCUUUUGGAAGGAGAGCAGUAUGGAGAAGAGUUUGGGAAGAUCAACAUGAUGAGGAAAGCUCCUGCAAUCCGAGAUGGAGAGUUCUGCUUGGCUGAAAGCAUUGCCAUCAUGAAGUAUCUGGCAGAGAAGUACAAGACCUCAGACCACUGGUAUCCAGCCGACCUGCAGAAGCGUGCCCGUGUCAAUGAAUACCUGUCCUGGCAGCAUAUGGGCAUACGUAUGCAUGGCUCAAAGAUGUUUUGGCUCAGGCUCUUGAUUCCAAAGAUCAUGGGUGUGGAGGUCCCCAAGGACAAGAUGGAUGGAGCCCUAGAGGACCUGGAAGGCUCUCUGAAACUCAUUGAAGAAAAGUUCAUUGGGGACAAGCCCUUUAUCGCAGGAGAGCAGAUUUCCUUGGCCGACCUGGUGGCCAUUGUUGAGAUCAUGCAGCCCGUCGGUUCAGGCUUGGAUGUGUUUGAGGGGAGACUUAAGCUAAGUGCCUGGCGAGACAGGGUUCAGGCGGAGAUCGGGAAGGAGCUGUUCGAUGAGGCUCACCAGGGGAUUCUUGCGUCCCAGGAAAUGGUGAAGAAUAUGGACAGCAGCAAGAUGCAGAUCUUCAAACCCAAGAUCUUGAAAAUGUUCCUCUGAAUGCUGCAAUGACAGUGCAGAGGAAUUCAAAUUAAGCUGGUCCUCAGAUAAAUAAUCAAGCUUGAUCUUUUAUUUAGCCACUAUGCACCAUGUGUAACAUAAUAACAAAAAAAUCUAAAUGUUCUAUAUGGAAACGAAAACUCAGAUAUUUCCUGUUAGUGCCAAUUAUAUACAAUAAUUAUUUUUCUAAAUGUUCUAAAAAGCUGUUUUUACCUUUCACUGUUUUUGAUUGACUGAAUAAUAUAUUGAAUUCAGACAACCAGGUUUAACGUUUGCAAACAAUAUAUUAUCUGUUUCAAUGUUGAUUGGGUGGGUGUCCAUUCUUUGCUGUCUACAUCUUUCACCACAAUCAACCAUAGACUAGAGAAGUCUGGCAUGCAAUAGUGCCUUGUUAGCUAUUGCGUAAAACUAUCAAGCACCCCAAUGGGGAGGUGAAAUAUGAGGAACCUUUUCCUCUCACUCCCUGUGUGGAAUGUAAAUCACAGUUAGUGGUUUCCUGCAAGUUAUGGUGUGUGGGCCGUUCUGUGAAAUGUUGGCUGGGAUACUUCCUUAUCUCAUGGGAGAGAGGGAAGGAAUCAACAGCUGGUAUUUUUCUUCUCCCGACCUCAUGAAGUCAUACCCAUAGCCCUAUAGCACAUGCAUUUGUGUUAGUCGAAGAGGAGUAAAAUGUUGUAAGAAACCCCAAAUAAAUCAUUGAUAUUGAGUUAAA